AUGGUGGCAUCAACAAGCGAGCAGUUAACAGCACUUGCUGGAACGACAGUUGUCGUUCAUCCAUUGGUCCUACUCUCCGUUACUGAUCACCAUGCACGUACGGUCUCGCGUACUUCAUCAAAGCGUGUUGUUGGCGUUCUUUUGGGCCAGGACAAUGGCAAGACCGUUAACGUUGCCAAUUCAUUUGGAAUCCCUUUUGAGGAGGAUGAAAGAGACAGCAAGACAUGGUUCCUAGACCAUAACUAUAUUGAGGGGAUGUAUGAUAUGUUCAAGAAAGUAAAUGCAAAGGAACGGAUGAUUGGAUGGUACCACACGGGGCCAAAACUACGAGCUUCGGACCAAGAAAUUAAUGAUCUUUUUAAGCGGUACAUUGCGAAACCAGUUAUGGUUAUCGUUGAUGUACGACCACAGGCCGUCGGAAUCCCGACGGAUGCGUACUUUGCAGUAGAAGAGAUCAAAGAUGAUGGCACGGAAACACGAAAGACAUUUCUUCACGUCCCUUCUGCAAUAGAAGCUGAGGAAGCUGAGGAGAUCGGUGUCGAACAUCUCCUACGCGAUAUCAAAGACUCAACGACCACCACCCUCUCAACACGCGUUUCUGAGCAACUCGCAUCACUUCAAGGACUUCAAUCCCGACUACGAGACGUGCACAAGUAUCUGCUAGAUGUUGCGGCGGGUACGAUGCCAGUCAAUCACCAAAUAAUCUACCACCUGCAAGACGCACUCAACCUACUUCCUGACUUGAGCAAUCCGGUAACAACACAGAGCUUUGCAUCGAGCACAAAUGAUCAACUACUCGUGGUGUAUCUGAGUAGUCUUCUACGUGCCGUUAUCGCGUUACAUGCUCUAGUGGACAACAAAGCCACGAUAGGGCGAGCAGAGCAAGAAGAAGGUAUGGAUGAAAAAGACAAGGAUAAAAAGACGGCCAACGGUGACGCGAAAAAGUCAGAGGAUACCAAGAAGGAUGGGGAAAAGGGAAAAGACUCGAAUAAGAAGGAUGCGGACAAAGGACUAUGA